GGCGGAGCAGGGCAGCUGGGUAUACGGGAAGCAGCAGGCAGAAAUUACCAGCAGGCAGCCUGGGGGUUUGGGGCGCAGAAGCCCAGGGUUAGGAGCUGCAGGCAUGCUGCGUCCCAAGGCUUUGACUCAGGUGCUAAGCCAAGCCAACACUGGAGGCGUCCAGAGCACCCUGCUGCUGAAUAACGAGGGAUCCCUACUGGCCUACUCGGGUUACGGGGACACGGACGCCCGGGUUACCGCAGCCAUCGCGAGUAACAUCUGGGCCGCCUACGACCGGAAUGGGAACCAAGCAUUUAAUGAAGACAAUCUCAAAUUCAUUCUCAUGGACUGCAUGGAGGGCCGUGUAGCCAUCACCCGUGUGGCCAACCUUCUGCUGUGCAUGUAUGCCAAGGAGACGGUGGGCUUUGGAAUGCUCAAGGCCAAGGCCCAGGCCUUGGUGCAGUACCUGGAAGAGCCCCUCACCCAAGUAGCGGCAUCAUAAUGGGUGUUGUUGGAAGCUGGGGUCAGAAAAGAGAGAUGACCAGUUGGAGGGGCAGGGCCUCCUGGGAGAACCCUCCUGAACUGUGGGGGAAGGGUGGGCUUUUGUAUUGUCCAGAAUAAACGUUAACUCCUGA